AUGGCAGAGAAUUGGAAUCACACAGCUCUUCUUGUAAUCGACAUGCAGGUUGUUAAGAAUAGUGAAGGAAUUAAUGUUGUUGGAGAAUUUCAGGAUUGUGUAUCUGGGUUUUGUUUGCAGAAUAAUUUUAUAGAAGAUGAGGGUCCUAUUCAAGUAAAAGGAGGGNAAGAGAUUGUCCCAAACGUGAUUAAGGCUGUGGAAGUUGCUAGACAGCGUGGGAUUCUCAUAGUUUGGGUAGUACGAGAACACGAUCCUUUAGGAAGAGAUGUUGAACUCUUUCGCCGACAUCUAUAUACGUCAGCGAAAGUUGGUCCAACCUCUAAAGGAAAUGAAGGUGCAGAGUUAGUUGAAGGGUUGGUCAUUAGAGAAGGGGAUUAUAAACUUGUGAAGACAAGAUUUAGUGCAUUCUUUUCUACACACCUACAUUCAUUCCUUCAAGGAGCAGGAAUCAAUAGUCUGGUGAUCACUGGUGUUCAAACUCCAAACUGUAUCCGGCAAACUGUCUUUGAUGCUGUAGCAUUGGACUAUCAACCUGUAACUGUUCUUGUUGAUGCCACAGCAGCAGCCACACCUGAUAUUCAUCUUGCCAAUGUGUUUGACAUGAAAAAUAUUGGAGUUUCAACCCCAACAUUGCAAAAUGGAGUGAAUCCAAAGCUUGAUCUGUAUGAACCAUGCAACUUUUUGCACCAUGUGCUGUUCAAUUUCAAGACUCAAAGGUGUUGAUGUCUUUUGGCAAGUUAUUAAACUGUAAAGUGCACUAAAUUUAUGUAAACUUACUUGGUUGUCAGGCUGCAAAAUAAUUGCUCAAUAGUAAAUACUCAAAGUUGGUUACUGAAAUUGUAGCAUUGUAUCAAUGUAUUCCUCCUAUUAUCAAUUUCAAAAUGAUCUUUUAAAUUGCAAAAUAUGUCAAGAUUUGUUA